GCCACACCGAGUCCUCAUUGUGAACAGCUCCACUCGUAGCCACUUGUCAAGAUGAGCUACAUCCUGGAGACGGUCGGCAACCAGCCCUCCUACCGGAGAGUGGAUACCAGGAGCCUGAGCAGCCGCGUCAGCGCCUCGCCCUCCAGCGGUUUCCGAUCUCAGUCCUGGACCCGGGUUAGCCCGAGCCCUGCGGUCUCCAGCUCGCCUUCCUCCUAUCGCCGCAUCGCCAGCGUCCACGCUCCCCGGGCUUACAGCUCCUCCGACAGCCUCGACUACAGCCAGGGCAGCGCCCUGAACGGAGAUUACAAAGCCAUCCGCAGCAAUGAGAAAGAGCUCCUGCAGGGACUCAACGACAGGUUCGCCGGCUACAUCGACAAGGUACACUACCUGGAACAGCAGAACAAGGAGCUGGAAACCGAGAUCCAAGCCCACCGCCAGAAGCAAGAAUCCCACUCGCAGCUCGGCGACGUGUACGACCAGGAGAUCCGCGAAAUGAGGUCGCUGGUCGAGCAGGUGAACCAUGAGAAAGCCCAGAUCCAGUUGGACUCGGGGCACUUGGACGAUGACCUGAACCGCCUCAAGGAUCGCUUCGAUGAGGAGGCGCGCCUGCGAGACGAGACGGAGGCCACCAUCCGCGGGCUGAAGAAGGAGACGGGCGACUCGUCGCUGAUGAGGAUGGAGAUGGAGAAGAAGGCUCAGUCCCUGCAGGACGAGGUGGCCUUCCUGCGGGGCAACCACGAGGAGGAGGUGGGCGACCUCUUCACCCAGAUCCAGGCGCCCCAGGUGACGGUGGAGAAGAAGGACUUCCUCAAGUCCGACAUCACCUCGGCGCUGAGGGACAUCCGCUCGCAGCUCGAGGGCCACUCGACCAGGAACAUGCAGCAAGCCGAGGAGUGGUUCAAGUGCCGCUACGUCAAGCUCAACGAGGCGGCCGAGAUGAACAAGGACGCCAUCCGCGUGUCCCGCGAUGAGAUCGGCGAGUACCGGCGCCAGCUGCAGUCCAAGAGCAUCGAGCUGGAGUCGGCGAGGAGCACCAAGGAUUCCCUGGAGAGGCAGCUCACUGACAUCGAGGAUCGCCACAACUCCGACGUGGCCAACUACCAGGAAACCGUGCAGCAACUGGAGAACGAGCUCCGCGGCACAAAGUGGGAGAUGGCUCGUCACUUGAGGGAAUACCAGGACCUGUUGAACGUCAAGAUGGCUCUUGACAUUGAGAUCGCUGCCUACAGAAAGCUUCUGGAGGGCGAGGAAUCGAGGUAUACCUUCUCCGGCAGCGUUACUGGCCCUUCCAUCCCGUACCGAUCCCCGUCCACCCCCACGCCCCCUAUUAAAGUGCAGAAGACGAAAGAGGCGCCGAAACUGAAAGUCCAGCAUAAGUUCGUGGAAGAGAUCAUAGAAGAGACGAAGGUGGAGGACGAGAUGGCGGAGAUGGGGGACUUUGACUUGGCCGAGGCGGUGAAAGAGGUCAAGGCUGUAAAGAGCCCAGACGAACAGGAGGAAGAAGAAGUCGAGGAGGUGGUGGAAGAGGUCGUCGUUGCCUCUGUGAAGGCCAGCGUUCAGGCAGAGCCUGAGGGCAAGGUCGAAGAGGAGGAGGAGUCAGAAGAAGCGGAGGAGAAGGAAGAGGGGGGAAAGAAGGAAGAUGCCGAAGGCGAGGAGGAAGAUAAGAGUGAAGAGAAAGGCGGCGAUGGCGAGGAUGAAGCCGAGGGGGAAGAAGAGAGUGAGGUCGUGGAGGCGAAGAUUGAAAGUGUGAAGGUGGCGGAAUCGAAGACUGUCCCGGCGAAGGAUGAGAUCAAGGAAAAAGCCAAGGAUGAGCAGGAAGAGGAGGAAGAAGAUAAGGAAGGAGAGGCUAGCGGAGAAUCUGACAAAGAGGGCGCCGGCGAUGCCGUCAAUGGAAAGCAGGAAGUCUCUAAAAAGGAGGAGGUCAAGGCGGAUGAGAAGACAGCUGGCCAGAAGGUCGAGAAAGCGGUAGAAGAGAAAAUAUCACCCAAGGAAGAGAAACCACCGAAGGAAGUAGAAAAAACAGAGAUCAAGGAGAAGAUAGAGGAGAUGAAAUCGAAGGAUGAAGGCACCAUUAUCAACGGGGUAUCCGAUGAUAAGGGGGGAGACUCGGAUGGCAAAGAGGAAGAGACCCAGGUGAUCUCCAACGGGGUGGACAAAAGCCCCACCAAGGAAGACGCCUUUGACGUGGCCAUUCGCCACACGAAGACUGGAACGACCACCAUCCACAAGAUAUUGGACGAUGGAGACGGGACCACCAAGCAAAUCAAGGAAAUAACCAAAUCUGUCACGGUGACCCAGACGGUGGAGGAGGUGGAAGAGGUCGUUCAAGAGACGAUCGUGUCCACCAAGACGGUAGAGAAGACCUCGCACUCUGUGCUGGUGAAGGAACAGGACAGCGAAUGAGCGGGUGCCUCAUCUGGCGGAGGGAUGGGCCCGACAGCUAAAGAUGCAUGGGUGUGGACAGCUUACAUGGCCUCAAGCAGAAUGGGUUAUCCCGAGGGGGGAGACUCCAGACUACCCGUCUUUUUCCUUUGUGCACUAGAAGAAACUGCAUGCAAGUUAACAAUGUGCCUCCACAGUGCGGAGAACCUUUAAGGAACACCGGACGAACGAUCACAACACAACCGCAAACCGAAAAUGCAUGGAAGAAGUCUUCACGCGACCAAGAUAUGUUCUCUCAAUCUGUUGGGGGGGCGCUUUGAGAAAGUCUAAAGAUGUAUUAUGCAAAGAAUAAACUGAGCCAAACCUUAAAAAUCCUUAGCCUUAAACAGCUCAUAAUGAUUAAUAUAUGGUUACCUCACGAGUGCUAUUAAAAUUGAGGAAGGGUCGGACGAUAAUUCACCAUUAUGCCACAGUUUAUCACCCCAUGUGAAACCACUGCAGUAUUUGCUGAAUAAAAGACAUAUUCCAAA